AUGAUGUUCCCACUGGUGCAGCACAUAGACAUGCUGCCACAUCUGCACACCCAACACAACUACUACAACAGCGAGCUUGCAGACGUCCAUAAAACUCUUGGUAAGCAAUACAAAAAGCUCGCUCGGGCGGAGAGGGCACUGGACCAACGAGAGGAAAAAGGGCUGAGCAGGAAGGAGAAGAAGAAAUUGCAGUGGGCCAGGUCAGUGACGAGAAACAUCGUUCAGAAGCUUGAGUGGCAGCGAAGGAUUGUAGAAGACGACCUACGGCGGUGUAACAAUCUCAUCGCCUGGCACGAGCCAAGUGUGUAUCACCUCCCAACCAAGCCCUGGACUGCGCACCUGCCACAAUCACCGUUCACGCCAUUCUCGCCGUACAGCCCAGCCGGGCCUAGUCCUUGGCAUGCUCCUGCAAUGCCGCCACGACCACAAUACUGGGAUCUAUCGGUGAUUCGUGAGCGUCGGCGCUCCUCGCCGAAUGUCUCCUCCACAGACUCUGGCUUUUACGAGCCAGCCAUGUACGGUCGACCCGUUUUUGGAGAUCAUGCAGACAUCGCCAUAGAUACGAAUCACAUCUUCGCCCACGAGAUCAUGUCAGCUUCUGUUUACAGUCCAGUCGAGGGAGCAGCCUUUACGCCUGAUUCACGCAGCAAGAAGUCGAGUUUGUCGUCCGAGAAGGACGAUGUUCCGGAGCUCGUCAAGUCGCCACCGAUCUCUUAUGCGAGAGCGGGUGCGGCUUGUGAUGUGGAUGAGCUGAGAGGACAUAGGCGGAGGUUUUCGGAGAACGCUAUACAGUUCAUUGAAAGUCGGAUGGCGACUGCGAAGGAUCACCACAGAGGUGCCAGUGUAGGUCCAGUGCCAAGUGACAGAAGGAGAGGCGACUAG